AUGACAGUGUUUGAUGAUUGUUUUUGCUUGUUUCAGGCGUCGCUAGCGUUUACACUUGCCAGCGAAGAUGUACCAAAGAAUAACCCAAAAGAUAUUAUAAAUGACGAAGUUCGCGCAGCCAGGGACUACAACGGAAAUGACAAUGAAGUAGUGGUUGACAUCGAAGACGAUGAGAAGAAACAGUAUUACGAAACUAAUUACGAUACAAGUGCGUAUGGAUUUGGUUACGAUGUCGGCCCUAAUGGUCAGUUUCACCACGAAAACCGAGGACCAGAUGGUGUCACCUACGGUUGCUAUGGUUACGUAGACCCGGACGGCUACCUUCGAGCCACACACUAUGUAGCUGAUAGUCACGGAUACAGAGUUGUAGAGCCAGAAAAACCAGUUGAAGUUUAUCCGGACACUAACCAUGUAUACGAUGAGAAUUCUGACAACGCAUCCGAAAUACCUGGACAAAUUAUUACUUGGGACAAAUUGUACUUCCCUAAGGGAUGUGGAAGGACCCCAGGUGGUGUUCCACCGAAACCCCGACCGAAGCCAACCCCGCGACCCCCGAAACCCCCAACAGAUAGUACUGGACAAAACAGCAACCCCAACCCUGGUGUGAUUUACCCUGGAGGUCCAGGAUACUAUCCCGGUACUUCCGGAACCCCUGGCUCCCCAGGCUACCCCGGAUCUCCAGGCAGUCCAGGAGGACCUGGUGGACCAGGAGGAGCGGGAGGCGGUUAUUACCCCGGAUCAGGUGCUGGCGGUCCAGGUGGACCAAACGGACCAAAUGGACCUAACGGACCAAGUGGUCCAGGGGGACCGAAUGGACCAAACGGUCCUAGUGGUCCAGGUGGACCUAAUGGUCCUGGAGGACCAAACGGGCCGAAUGGACCGGGAGGAUCAGGAGGCGGUUAUUACCCCGGAUCAAGUGGACCAUCUGGUCCCACCGGUGGAGGUGGCUACUACCCAGGAUCACAAGAUGGUGGAUAUUAUCCAGGACAACCAGGCUCACCCGGAUUUCCAGGAUCUCCAGGCAGUCCUGGUGGACCAGGUGGACCAGGUGGACCAGGUGGACCAGGUGGUCCAAGUGGACCCGGUGGCGGUUAUUACCCAGGUGGUCAAGCACCUGGAGGAGGAGGAUAUCAUCCAGGACCCAGCGGACCAAAUGGACCAUCAGGUGGUGGCUAUUACCCAGGACAACCAGGAAGUCCAGGCUUACCGGGUUCACCAGGAUACCCGGGUGGGCCCGGCGGACCUGGAGGACCAGGCGGCCCAGGAGGACCAGGAGCGAGUAGCCCCGGUCAAGGACCAACUGGUGGAGGCUACCUGCCAGGACAGUCGGGCAAACCAAGCGGACAAGACGGAACAGGAGGACCCAGUGGCCCAAGUGGCCCACCAGGCAGCUAUUAUCCAGGAUCUCCAGGAAGUCCGGGCUUACCCGGCUCACCAGGAUAUCCAGGUGGUCCUGGUGGUCCUGGGGGACCAGGAGGUCCAGGUGGACCAGGGGGACCAAGUGGACCAGUGGGACCAAGUGGAGGAGGCUACUUGCCAGGACAAUCAGGCGGGCAAAAUGGACCAGGACCCAACGGACAAGGAGGCUCCGGUGGACCUAACGGGCCAACAGGAGGAGGCUAUUAUCCAGGUCAAUCAGGAAGUCCAGGAUUACCAGGCUCGCCAGGACAUCCUGGUGGUCCCGGAGGCCCUGGGGGACCAGGUGGCCCAGGUGGACCGGGAGGACCAAGUGGAGGAGGCUACUUGCCAGGACAAUCAGGCGGUCAAAAUGGACCAGGAGGUCCCAACGGACCAGGAGGCUCCGGAGGCCCUAGCGGGCCAAUAGGAGGAGACCAUUAUCCAGGUCAACCCGGAAGUCCAGGUUUACCAGGUUCACCAGGAUAUCCGGGUGGACCAGGGGGCCCGGGUGGACCAGGUGGACCAGGCGGACCUGGGGGACCAAGUAGUGGUUAUAACCCCGAUUCCCAAGGACAACCAGGCGGCCCAAGUCAACCAGGACAACCAGGCCAACCCGGUAAACCAGGCACCCCAGGACAACCAGGAACCCCAGGCAAGCCAGGCCAACCCGGCCAACCAGGAACACCAGGUCAGCCCGGAUAUCCGGGACAACCCGGUAAGCCAGGCCAACCCGGACAACCAGGCUAUCCAGGACAACCAGGCCAACCAGGCCAACCAGGAGGACCAGGACAACAAGGCCAACCAGGCUAUCCAGGACAACCAGGCCAACCAGGCUAUCCAGGACAACCGGGUCAACCAGGCACACCAGGACAACCAGGCACCCCAGGCAAGCCAGGCCAACCCGGCCAACCAGGAACACCAGGCCAACCAGGCAAGCCAGGCCAACCCGGCCAACCAGGAAAACCAGCUCAGCCUGGAUAUCCAGGACAACCCGGCCAACCUGGCUAUCCAGGACAACCGGGUCAACCAGGCACACCAGGCAAGCCAGGCCAACCCGGCCAACCAGGAACACCAGGUCAGCCUGGAUAUCCAGGACAACAAGGCCAACCAGGCCAACCCGGACAACCAGGACAACCCGGCUAUCCAGGACAACAAGGCCAACCAGGCUAUCCAGGACAACCAGGCCAACCAGGCUAUCCAGGACAACCGGGUCAACCAGGCACACCAGGACAACCAGGUCAACCAGGCACACCAGGCAAGCCAGGCCAUCCCGGCCAACCAGGAACAUCAGGCCAACCAGGAGGACCAGGACAACAAGGCUAUCCAGGACAACAAGGCCAACCAGGAGGACCAGGACAACAAGGCCAACCCGGACAACCAGGCCAACCAGGCUAUCCAGUACAACCAGGCACCCCAGGCAAGCCAGGCCAUCCCGGCCAACCAGGAACACCAGGUCAGCCCGGAUAUCCGGGACAACCCGGUAAGCCAGGCCAACCCGGACAACCAGGCUAUCCAGGACAACCAGGCCAACCAGGAGGACCAGGACAACAAGGCCAACCAGGCUAUCCAGGACAACCAGGACAACCCGGCUAUCCAGGACAACCGGGUCAACCAGGCACACCAGGACAACCAGGCACCCCAGGCAAGCCAGGCCAACCCGGCCAACCAGGAACACCAGGCCAACCAGGCUAUCCAGGACAACCAGGACAACCAGGACAACCCGGUUAUCCAGGACAACAAGGCCAACCAGGCUAUCCAGGACAACCGGGUCAACCAGGCACACCAGGACAACCAGGCACCCCAGGCAAGCCAGGCCAACCCGGCCAACCAGGAACACCAGGCCAACCAGGCUAUCCAGGACAACCAGGACAACCCAGCAAGCCAGGCCAACCUGGCCAACCAGGAACACCAGCUCAGCCUGGAUAUCCAGGACAACAAGGCCAACCAGGCCAACCCGGACAACCAGGACAACCUGGCUAUCCAGGACAACCGGGUCAACCAGGCACACCAGGCAAGCCAGGCCAACCCGGCCAACCAGGAACACCAGGUCAGCCUGGAUAUCCAGGACAACAAGGCCAACCAGGCCAACCCGGACAACCAGGAGCACCCGGCUAUCCAGGACAACAAGGCCAACCAGGCUAUCCAGGACAACCAGGCCAACCAGGCUAUCCAGGACAACCGGGUCAACCAGGCACACCAGGACAACCAGGCACCCCAGGCAAGCCAGGCCAACCCGGCCAACCUGGAACACCAGGCCAACCAGGCUAUCCAGGACAACCAGGACAACCCGGCUAUCCAGGACAACAAGGCCAACCAGGAGGACCAGGACAACAAGGCCAACCCGGACAACCAGGCCAACCAGGCCAACCUGGAACACCAGGCCAACCAGGCUAUCCAGGACAACCAGGACAACCCGGCUAUCCAGGACAACAAGGCCAACCAGGAGGACCAGGACAACAAGGCCAACCCGGACAACCAGGCCAACCAGGCUAUCCAGUACAACCAGGCACCCCAGGCAAGCCAGGCCAUCCCGGCCAACCAGGAACACCAGGUCAGCCCGGAUAUCCGGGACAACCCGGUAAGCCAGGCCAACCCGGACAACCAGGCUAUCCAGGACAACCAGGCCAACCAGGAGGACCAGGACAACAAGGCCAACCAGGCUAUCCAGGACAACCAGGACAACCCGGCUAUCCAGGACAACCGGGUCAACCAGGCACACCAGGACAACCAGGCAACCCAAGCAAGCCAGGCCAACCCGGCCAACCUGGAACACCAGGCAACCCAGGCAAGCCAGGCCAAACCGGCCAACCUGGAACACCAGGCCAACCAGGCUAUCCAGGACAACCAGGACAACCCGGCUAUCCAGGACAACAAGGCCAACCAGGAGGACCAGGACAACAAGGCCAACCCGGACAACCAGGCCAACCAGACUAUCCAGUACAACCAGGCACCCCAGGCAAGCCAGGCCAUCCCGGCCAACCAGGAACACCAGGUCAGCCCGGAUAUCCGGGACAACCCGGUAAGCCAGGCCAACCCGGACAACCAGGCUAUCCAGGACAACCAGGCCAACCAGGAGGACCAGGACAACAAGGCCAACCAGGCUAUCCAGGACAACCAGGACAACCCGGCUAUCCAGGACAACCGGGUCAACCAGGCACACCAGGACAACCAGGCACCCCAGGCAAGCCAGGCCAACCCGGCCAACCAGGAACACCAGGCCAACCAGGCUAUCCAGGACAACCAGGACAACCCGGCUAUCCAGGACAACAAGGCCAACCCGGACAACAAGGCCAACCAGGCUAUCCAGGACAACCAGGCCAACCAGGCACACCAGGACAACCAGGCCAACCAGGCUAUCCAGGACAACCAGGACAACCCGGCUAUCCAGGACAACAAGGCCAACCCGGACAACAAGGCCAACCAGGCUAUCCAGGACAACCAGGCCAACCAGGCACACCAGGACAACCAGGCACCCCAGGCAAGCCAGGUCAGCCUGGAUAUCCAGGACAACAAGGCCAAGCAGGCCAACCCGGACAACCAGGACAACCUGGCUAUCCAGGACAACCAGGCCAACCAGGCUAUCCAGGCAAGCCAGGCCAACCCGGCCAACCAGGCCAACCAGGAGGACCAGGACAACAAGGCCAACCCGGCUAUCCAGGACAACCGGGUCAACCAGGCACACCAGGACAACCAGGUACCCCAGGCAAGCCAGGCCAACCCGGCCAACCAGGCCAACCCGGCCAACCAGGCCAACCAGGCUAUCCAGGACAACCAGGACAACCCGGCUAUCCAGGACAACAAGGCCAACCCGGACAACAAGGCCAACCAGGCUAUCCAGAAAAACCAGGCACCCCAGGCCAACCCGGACAACCAGGACAACCCGGCUAUCCAGGACAACAAGGCCAACCAGGAUAUCCAGGACAACCAGGUCAACCAGGCACACCAGGCAAGCCAGGCCAUCCCGGCCAACCAGGAACAUCAGGCCAACCAGGAGGACCAGGACAACAAGGCUAUCCAGGACAACCAGGACAACCCGGCUAUCCAGGACAACAAGGCCAACCCGGACAACCAGGCACCCCAGGCAAGCCAGGCCAACCCGGCCAACCAGGAACACCUGGCCAACCAGGAACACCAGGUCAGCCUGGAUAUCCAGGACAACAAGGCCAACCAGGCCAACCCGGACAACCAGGACAACCCGGCUAUCCAGGACAACAAGGCCAACCCGGACAACAAGGCACCCCAGGCAAGCCAGGCCAACCCGGCCAACCAGGAACACCAGGCCAACCAGGAACACCAGGUCAGCCUGGAUAUCCAGGACAACAAGGCCAACCAGGCCAACCCGGCCAACCAGGACAACCCGGCUAUCCAGGACAACCGGGUCAACCAGGAACACCAGGCCAACCAGGAACACCAGGUCAGCCUGGAUAUCCAGGACAACAAGGCCAACCAGGCCAACCCGGACAACCAGGACAACCCGGCUAUCCAGGACAACAAGGCCAACCCGGACAACAAGGCACCCCAGGCAAGCCAGGCCAACCCGGCCAACCAGGAACACCAGGCCAACCAGGAACACCAGGUCAGCCUGGAUAUCCAGGACAACAAGGCCAACCAGGCCAACCCGGACAACCAGGACAACCCGGCUAUCCAGGACAACCGGGUCAACCAGGAACACCAGGCCAACCAGGAACACCAGGUCAGCCUGGAUAUCCAGGACAACAAGGCCAACCAGGCCAACCCGGACAACCCGGACAACCAGGACAACCCGGCUAUCCAGGACAACCGGGUCAACCAGGAACACCAGGCCAACCAGGAACACCAGGUCAGCCUGGAUAUCCAGGACAACAAGGCCAACCCGGCUAUCCAGGACAACAAGGCCAACCAGGCUAUCCAGGACAACCAGGACAACCCGGCUAUCCAGGACAACAAGGCCAACCCGGACAACAAGGCACCCCAGGCAAGCCAGGCCAACCCGGCCAACCAGGAACACCAGGCCAACCAGGAACACCAGGGCAGCCUGGAUAUCCAGGACAACAAGGCCAACCAGGCCAACCCGGACAACCAGGACAACCCGGCUAUCCAGGACAACCGGGUCAACCAGGCACACCAGGACAACCAGGCACCCCAGGCAAGCCAGGCCAACCCGGCCAACCAGGAACACCAGGCCAACCAGGAGGACCAGGACAACAAGGCUAUCCAGGACAACCAGGACAACAAGGCCAACCCGGACAACAAGGCCAACCAGGCAAACCCGGACAACCAGGACAACCCGGCUAUCCAGGACAACAAGGCCAACCAGGCUAUCCAGGCCAACCAGGCUAUCCAGGCCAACCAGGCUAUCCAGGACAACCAGGUCAACCCGGCCAACCAGGAACACAAGGUCAGCCUGGAAAUCCAGGACAACAAGGCCAACCAGGCGAACCCGGACAACCAGGACAACCCGGCUAUCCAGGACAACAAGGCCAACCCGGACAACAAGGCCAACCAGGCUAUCCAGGACAACCAGGUCAACAAGGCCAGCCCGGACAACCAGGAACACCAGGCCAGCCAGGACAACCAGGCUAUCCAGGACAACCAGGAACACCAGGCCAACCAGGAACACCAGGCCAGCCAGGACAACCAGGAACACCAGGCCAGCCAGGUCAACCUGGAACACCAGGUUACCCAGGUCAACCUGGAGGUCCAGCCCAACCAAUCCAACCCGGUCAACCAGGCACCCCAGCACAACCAGGCCAACCCGGUCAACCAGGACAACCCGGUAAACCUGGCUACCCAGGACAACCAGGAGGUCCAGGCCAACAAGGCCAACCCGGACAACAAGGCUACCCAGGUCAGCCAGGCACCCCAGGACAACCAGGAACACCAGGCCAACAAGGCCAGCCCGGACAACCAGGACAACAAGGUCAACCGGGAGCACCAGGACAACCAGGAAGCCCAAGUGGGCAAGGACAGCCCGGCCAGCAACAGCCAGGAAAGCCAGGCGGUGAUUCGGUUGGUGAAUCAACUGGCACUGGUGUGCAACCCCCAGUUUAUCCGCCGGGGCAAAUGCCUCCGUUCCCUAUGUACGUCAUACCCUAUCCUUUGCCCAUCGUGCCAUAUCCAGGUUCAUGUCCGUGCUACCUCUUGAAUCCAGGAAAUAACAGCAGCAGUACAGCUGUCACCCAGGCGCCAAUACAAAGCCCUCCGCCAUACUAUUCACCGUAUGGAAUAAUUGGUUUUCUACCUGUGGUCUUCGUCCCAAGCUGCCCCGGUAACGUAACUGAUAUGCAAACUGCACAACAGAACUUCCCCGGAGCUGUACCAGUUCCAUAUAAUUGCGCCCAGUGCCAGGCAAGCCGAGACAUAUAUAGAUAUUUCGGAAGAAUUGGUGGCGCUCGAAGCGUGGAUUUCAAAGAUCUUAAAGAAAUAACUUCCCUGCCAGAAUUGGAAAGUUUAUUGAAAAAUGAAAUAAAUGUGCCCAGAAAAAGUCUGCGAAGAAUUAAAGUACACGCCCGCGUUUUAGACGAUAAGAAAGACGAAAAGAAAACUGUAUCGAAAGAGUAA